AUGAACCAGGCCGCGGUGGUCCCUGUGUCGGAGCUGGUGUCGGAGCUGGUGUCGGAGCUCGAGUCGCUACCUGACUUCCAGGCCCGGGUGGUCACCGUCGUGGUGCUCUGUUGCGUGUCUGUCGUGACGACUCCGACCACUUGUUGGUUAAUUAAGGUGGACGGGGGGUAUGUCCCCAAACUACGCAGUAUACGGCCGUCUACAGCCGUCAGUAGCAGUGCAAGUGCCAGCACGAGCACCGCUACAAGUAGUAGAGGCGACGCGCGUCUCCGCCAUCGCGGCGCCAGAUACACGCACAUCCACCGCCUUGGAGGAUUUUUCUCGACUGCCAAGAUCAGCGAUUGCGAGGAGGUCAAGUCAGACCAGAAGAGAGAAGAAGGGCAAAGCGGCUUGGGGAUCUCGGCGCAAUUCGCAGGGCUUUGCAGGCCGACCUUUUCGCGCUUCCCGACUUUCCUGUCUCUUGCCGGAGCGUAG